UUGAAAUCCCCCAGCUUCUGCGCGUCCUCCUGCAGUUGACAGGGAGCUGGAGGCGCACGGCACAGAGGAGCCCCGCUGGUUGAAAGGUUUCGGGUCCGACUCUCCCAGGCAGCACAUCCAGUUUAUUAAGUCUGCCUGCCGCUCUGGAUGAACCUAGAGCGGACUGGUACGGCCGCGAUCAGAGGCAGGAGAAGCGAUGGCCCGGACGCGCUGGUUUUAAAAUUAUUCACUUUUAUAGGCACAGGUUCGGAAGAGCGCGCCCAGCCGAGCUCGGAGCACCGGCGACCGGAUCCCUCCUGUGCCACGUCCGCCGAGUCGUCCCCGCACAAGGAGCCCUGUCCCGGCCGCAGCCACGACACCCCUAAACCCCGGACACCCAGCACCAUUCAGCGCGAAGCCCUUUCACCAGACAUGCCCUGUGUGCAGGCUCAGUACGGGCCGGCCCCUCCAGGCUCCGCUUACUCCGGCCAGUCCUUCAGCUACCAGGGUGACAGCUACGGCUCCGACCUCAUGACCCCGGACUACACCAAGCUGGACCUGGGCGGGGGCGAGAUCUCCGCCGCCGCCACCACGUCCCUCCCGAGCUUCAACGUCUUCGUGGAGGGCAGCUACGAGCCCAAGUCCUCCUGCCUCUACCAGAUGCCCCCGCACAGGCCCGCCAUCAAAAAGGAGGAGGAGAGCUACCCGACUGCCCCGCCUCUGGAGGCCAUGUCCUCCGCCACCAUGUACUUUAAGCAGUCCCCUCCGUCCACUCCCACCACCCCGUCCAUGACGCAGCAGCCCGGCACCUCCUUCAUGUGGGACGAACACUCCUUGGCCCCUCAGUCCCACGCUCACUCCAUGGGCUCGGGCCUCGAGACGGGGCCCCUGAAGUCCCCGCGCUUUUCGCACUUUUACCAGCACUCCCCACCUCACAGCGGGGGUAGCGUGGGUGGCUACGAGGGCCUCGCAGGGGGACUGGUUCGCACCUCGUCCUCUUCCUCGUCCUCCUCUUCAUCAGUAUCUCACCCUCAUGGCCAGCACCUGGAGCAGCCCAUGUACCAGCUGCACCGCGGGGCGGGGGGCAGCAGCCUCGCCUUCCGCUCCUUGGCUCUGGGACCUUGUGGACCCCUGCUAGGGGACAGCCUGCCCUCACCUCCCCCCCGAGGGCCACAGGGAGAGGGGACCUGCGCGGUGUGUGGGGACAACGCAGCAUGCCAGCACUACGGCGUACGCACCUGCGAGGGCUGCAAGGGCUUCUUCAAGCGCACCGUGCAGAAAAACGCCAAGUACGUGUGCCUGGCCAGCAAGAACUGUCCUGUGGACAAGAGGAGACGCAACCGCUGCCAGUACUGCCGCUUUCAGAAGUGCCUAAGCGUGGGCAUGGUAAAGGAAGUGGUCCGCACCGACAGCUUGAAGGGGCGCCGAGGCCGCCUGCCUUCCAAACCAAAGAGCCCCCUGCAGACAGAGGCGUCUCCCCCGUCUCCCCCUCUCAGCCUGCUCUCUGCUCUGCUCAGGGCUUACUCCCACUGCACACCGCGAGACCUUGACUACAGCCAGUUCAGCGCCGCCGACCCUCCGUCCUCCACCUCAGACGCAGAGCACAUCCAGCUCUUCUACAGGCUGCUCACCAUCUCGAUGGAGACCACCAGGUGCUGGGCCGAGCGGCUGCCGGGCUUCACCGAGCUCCAGCGCGACGAUCAGAACCUGCUCAUAGAUUCGGCCUUCUUGGAGCUGUUUGUCCUGCGACUUGCAUACAGAUCCAUGCUGUCGGAGGACAAGCUGGUGUUCUGCAACGGCUUGGUGCUGCACAGGUUCCAGUGCCUUCGCGGGUUCGGAGAGUGGCUGGACUCCAUCCGGGAUUUCUCCACCCACCUUCAGAGCCUCAACCUUGAUGCUUCUGCCUUCGCCUGUCUGUCUGCCCUGGUUCUGCUCACAGAUCAAGUCCCAGGUCUGAAGGACUCAAAGCGUGUGGAGGAGCUGCAGAAUAAGGUCAUCUGCUGCCUCAGAGACCACCUGGGCUGCGGCCCUUCCUCCUCCUCCUCCUCCUCCACCAAGGCCACGCCCCCUCUGAGCCGUGUGCUGGGUUUGAGGGCGGAGCUCCGCUCGCAGAGGACCCAGGGCAUGCAGCGGAUCUUCUACCUGAAGCUGGAGGACCUCGUGCCGCCGCCGCCGUCGAUCGACAGAUUCCUGGACACCCUGCCCUACUGAUGACUCGGGCGGACUGCGCAGAGAGAACCCCACGUCAAACGUCCUGUUCAGGCCUUUUAACCCCCCCACCUCCCCAAAGGAGGAGAGAGAGAGAGAGAGAGACUCUCCCCCUGACCGAUGCAGAGCUGAGAGAGCAAAUCGAAUGCAUCUCGCUCAGUUGGGGUCUACCAAACGGACAACCGACAACGAAAAAAAAAAAAAACGCUUUUCACCUGUAAAAAGAAGACAAUAACUCAAAAAAAAACGCUUUGCAACCUUUUAUUUGAUCCUCCGCUCCUUCUCUUGUGGGGGAGGAUGAUGAUGAAGCUGAGUUGGACAGCAGAAUGACUUGUUCCUGUCCUUUCUCCAUCUGGGUGGCAGCUCACUUUUGCAAAAAAAAAAAAAAAAACAAGAAAAAAAAAAAAAAGAAAAAA